ACCGACCGUACGUUGUAUUCGGGGGAAGAAGGUGUAGGGGAGAGCUGGCUUGUGCCCAGAGCAGCUGACGACAGAACACAGAGCGAGAUGCACCGGGGGUUCGUCCAGAGGAGAGGGCGGGGGAAGGGAGCAACUCACCGCGGCUACUGGUAGCUAGAAGACAAAAGGAGUGCUUCUCCGCCGCUCUGACCUUAGGUGAAACUUCCGUGAAAGUAGCACCGGCGUGCGGCCGGUUGAGAUCCCGACUGACCGUCAGACAGACUCGACGCCGAGAUUGUGGUCCCCACUUGCCUUCGGAUGAGAGAGGCAGGCGGAGGGCAACGGUAAUGGCGGCGUCCGCGGGGACCGCGCUGAUGGCCUGGAGGAUAUCAUCGUUGUCCUAUUUGCCGGUCUCAGUGCGUGUCGAAGAGACACGUGGCAGCAGCCAGCUGGCCGGGGCCACGUCAGCGAGACACGAGGCAAGCGCACCUCUCCGGCGUUGUCAGUUGACGUGGCGGCGGAGAAGUGCCGCCGCCGCCACUUCAGGGCGCGCGAAGGACGCUGUCGUCCUCUCCGACACUCGCGGGAAACCAAACAAGCGGGGGAGAUUGGCGCGCAGGAGGCUUGCGGACGAAUGGUCGACACAUGGCAGUGUUGUGGCGCGCAAGCCGGGUCCAUGUGCCGCAAUUCAAUGGAAGCUGUGCGGGGGGAACGCGCAGCAGCGGCGCAGGGGGGAUGCUGGCGGACGACGGGAAUGGCAGUCGCGAUCACGGCGGAUCUCUCCACCUGCUCGGACCAGAUUCAUGAGAAGAAGAAGCAGUUUCAUAGAUGGAGUAGGAGGGCGGGAAUCAGAGAGUUGUGCUCUUCUUCUUCAUCUUCCAUUCGUCGAUGGCAAGAAAGGAACGAAGGAGAGGAAAGGAGGAGGAGGAGGAGGAGGAGGAGGAGUGUUGGGAGCUAGAAUGAGCAUCUUUGACAGGAUGGCCAGAGUUAUCCGAUCUUACACGAAUGCUCUGUUGAAUGACAUGGAAGAUCCUGAGAAGGUUCUUGAUCAGACCGUGAUGGAGAUGGAGGAAGAUCUGUCUAAGAUGAAGAAGGGAAUCGUGAAAGUUAUGGGGUCCUUGAAGCGUCUUGAAGACGUACACACGGGUGCAGAAAGCAGUUCGGCGCAGUGGCACCGCCGGGCGAAGCUGGCUAUGUCGAACGGCGAUGAAGCUUUGGCUAUGGCGGCAUUGAGGAAGAAGAAGGAGAUAGACGAAACCGCGUCGGCCAGGACAUCGGACAUAGAACGCCAACGAGAGGCAAUCAAGAAACUCCGAGAAUCAAUGGUCACCCUGGAGAAGAGGAUCGCGGAGGCGAAAUCGAAAAAAGAGCCGUUGAAAGCGCGCGCGAAGUCGGCAAAGCUUGGGCGGCAAGUCGCCGGGAUCUUGGGGGGCAGCGACGUCGGGGUCGGGAGCGCUCUGACAAUGUUCGAGGAGAUGGAGGCGAAGGUGAUGGCUAUGGAGGCAGAGGCAGAAGCUCUUGGGGAAUUGACCGCGGCGGCGGGCGAGGAUGACGUGGCCUCACAAUUUUUGUUGACGGAGGGUAACAUCUCAGUCGAUGAAGAACUGGAGGCGUUGAAGAAGGAGAUGGCGGGGACCACAUCGAUCAAAGGGCUUUUGCCACCUGGCAGGACCGGCGACGAUGGUGCUGCCGCGUCGUCGCAAUCAAGGGACGACAAGAACCGGUGAUAUAAUUGCUGCUUUUCGCACGCUAAGAAGCCAUUUGCCACGUGGCAGGACUCUGAAGCCGAAGCUUGGCCAUUUUACCACGUGGCAGGACCCUGAAGCGGAAGAUCGGCAAUUUGCCACGUGGCAGGAGCGGGAGAUCGGUCAUUCGCCACGUGGUAAAUUGCUGAUCUUUGCCACGUGCAACACCAUUGGCCAUUCGCCACGUGGCAGAAGCCAAAGAUCGGCACUUUGCCACGUGGCAGGAGCUGAAGAUCGGCCAUUCGCCACGAUGUACGACCGAAGCCGAAGAUCAGACCAAUGGUUUCGAUGACGGAUCGAGGACGAACAUGUCCAAAUUCAACGUACCGACGAUCGUACUGUAAAUGCUCUCUCUCUCUCUCUCUCUCUCGCUCUCUCGCUCUCUCUCUCGCUCGCUCGCUCGCUCGCGCGCGCGCGCGCACACGCGCGUGCCCUCCCUUCCUCCCUCCCUCCCUCCUUCCCUCCCUCUCUCGCUCUGUCUCGCUCGCUCGUUCGUUCGCUCGCUUGCGCGCGGACGCUCGUGCUCGCUCGGUACUCCCUGUCCUUUCUAUGUCGAUGGCAGGGGCAGCAGAUGCAGACACGUGGCCUGCCUCUUAGCCCUGAUCGACGUGAGUGGCGAUCGCUUUCGAUGGGAUGGCUUGGCCUAAGCAAGGACGCUAUUUCCAAAACUUCGAGAAAGCCCUUAGUCCAGACAGACAAACAGAAAAGAUGAGUAUGGCUAUGGCUAUGUCUGUGUCUGUAAAUACGGUAUGUCUUCUUGAUCGGUUGAUUUGUGGAGUAGGUAACAGUUUAUCUGUCCAUUUCGUAGAUCUGAAAUUCGGCGAUUGUAAAGGAGAUGUGCGAUUGUUGUGUUUGUACCGAUAACGAGUUGGCCAAUAGCUCGCGGCUGAGAACAUGCUUCUGCCGUUCCGAGCACAAAUAGAUUCUUUGUGUUUGUGUUUGUGUUUGUCUUUGUCUUUGUGUUUGUGUUUGUCUUUGUCUUUGUGUUCCGUGUGUGUCUCUUCUCUUUUCUUAUUCCAUUUGUGCGAAUCGUGUGUGUGUGUGUGUGUGUGUGUGUGUGUGAGAGAGAGAGAGAGAGAGAGAGAGAGAGAGAGAGAGAGAGAGAGGUUGGAGAGAUGAGGGGCAGUAGGGGCGCCGUUAUGUCUUGAAAUAGACAAUUGAAUUCGAAUCGAGAUGGAACUGGAUGAAUGAAAUCACAUAAUUCUG